AUGGCGUCCUCUGAAGUGGACAUGAAGUUCCUAGCUCAAUUCGCAGCAAACAUCCAACUCGACCAUUCAUUCCUAGCCAAAAAUCUAUUCCAGAUCCUUGGCAACCUAACUAUGCUCUCAGACAAAGUAAUCCGCGCCAGGAAGCUCCGCCGACUCGAUGUCACCCGCGACACCAAAUCAGUCGACCUGUACUGCCGCAUCAUCUGGUACGCCAGGGAAGGACUCCGGCUCCUCGAAGAGUACAUCUUACCUAUGGUCGCAAAUUUUGGGGUCUUAAAGGUACUCUCAUACAAACUACGAGCAAGCUAUUACCAUCUAUACGUGCUUUUCCACAAUAACCCCAGUGUCUUGCUACGGGCUGGGCACGGGCAGCAGGGCCAGGUUCAUACACCUCCUGGCUUGAAAUCUCCCCGAGCAGCAAAAGCAGACAAGGGCAAGACGCCAGACCAAGACUCUCCAAGUAAUCCCGUCAGACCGAGCUCAGUACAGCCUACGCAUGCACUAGAAGGCGGUCCAGUGGGUGGAACAACAAUGCAGCCACCACCAGAAUUCACAGCCAAUUUCCUCGUCCCGGCGCAAGACUACCGACCCAUCGCCCUGCAAUGUUUCCAAGAAGCAUCCGCGCUAUCAGAGAAGCUGCUCUGGGGCAGUCAUCCAGUGCGUCUGUCGGUCAAAGUGGAGUUCUGCGCUUUCCUGUACGAUUGUCUGCAUGAGCGGGAUAGCUCGCGACAGCUAGCCAAGGUGACGAUCGCCGAGGUGUAUAAUGCGGGCGAGGGCAUGGACGAUGAUAUGUUUGAGGAUGCGGCGGAGCUAGUGAAUAUCUUAGGGAGGAUGGUGAGACGGGGUAUGGGAUCUGGUGGGAGCAGCACGCCUGGUGCUGGGAGUUCGGGGACGAAAUUAACGCUUACGCCGCCGCGAGGGAAGGGGGUGGCUGGCAGUUCGCAGGGCACGAUGCAGAGUCCAGGGAUGGAUAAUCCGAUUUGA